AUGCAGCGCGACGAGUUCGUGGCCCAGCGCCGCGCGGCUCUCGAGAGGUACCUGUGGCGGCUCGCUGAGCACCCCGCGAUCGGGACCAGCGACGAGCUGCGCGUGUUCCUGCAGGCCGAGGGCAAGAUGCCGCUGCCGAGCAGCACUGACGUUGCCUCGCGGAUGCUCGAUGGCGCGGCGCGUCUGCCAAGGCAGCUGCUUGGGGAGGAGGCGGUGGCCCCGCCGCAGGACGUGGUUCAGCCGGCCAAGGGCGGGAGGGACCUGCUGCGGAUAUUUAAGGAGCUGAAGCAGUCGAUGGUCACGGACUGGGGUGGCGUGAGGCCACCACUGGUGGAGGAGGACAAGGAGUUCCUGGAGAAGAAGCAGAAGAUGCAGGAUUGGGAGCAGCAGCUCAGUAGCGCAUCGCAGCAGGCGGAAGCACUUGUCAAGGCUCAGCAAGAUAUGGGUGACACAAUGGGUGCUCUUGGAUUGGCAUUCGUCAAACUUACAAAGUUUGAGACUGAGGAGGCAAUUUAUGAAUCUCAGAGGAUAAGAGCUGUUGACAGCAAACGUAUAGCAACGGCAGCUGUCAAAGCUAGCAGGACAUGUCGAGAUCUGAAUACACAAACUGUUAAAUAUCUGGAUACUUUGCAUGAACAUUUGGGGAUAAUGCUGUCUGUCCAUACUGCAUUUUCUGAUCGGGCUAGUGCAUUAUUGACUGUUCAAACGCUUAUGUCAGACCUUGCAUCAUUACAAUCAAGGAUUGAGAAACUUGAAGCUGCAUCAUCGAAAGUAUUUGGUGGUGAUAGAACUAGGCUAAGGAAAGUUCACGAGCUGAGAGAAACAAUAAGAGCUACUGAAGAUGCUAAGUGCUGUGCGUUAAGGGAAUAUGAGAGAAUCAAGGAAAAUAACAAAAUUGAACUCAGCAGAUUAGAUAGAGAAAGGAGAGAAGAUUUCCUGGAGAUGCUGAAAGGAUAUGUUACAAGCCAGGCUUCAUAUGCAGAGAAGAUCGUUGACGGUUGGGAGACAGUGGCGGAGGAGACCAGCGGAUAUGCGCGAAGAUCAUCAAAUGACGCAACAUAUUAG